CAGCACCCCGGCGCCCUCAACGACGCUGUCAGCGGCCGGCCUGAAGCGUAUGGCGGGCCUCAAGUCUGCCAGCGGCCAGCAGAGCAAGGAGGAAAUGCGACAGGUGCUGUUCAACAUCAGCGGAGCUUGCGAGCCAGGGGAGAUGCUGGCCCUCAUGGGCCCCUCUGGUGGCGGCAAGACCACGCUGCUCUCAAUCCUAGGCGGCCGUGCGCCCAAGCUCACAAAGCAAGACGGGCGUGCAACCUUCAACGGCAGCAAGCUGAACAAGCGCGUGAAGCGGCAGAUCGGCUUUGUGCUGCAGGACGAUCUGCUGUACUCCACACUGACGGUGCAAGAGACGCUGUACUUUGCCGCCAUGCUGCGCCUGCCCAAGCACAAGACCAAGGCGCAAAAGCUGGAGCGAGUGGAUGCUGUGAUCAAGGCGCUUGGCCUGGGGCGGUGCCGGGACACCAUCAUCGGCGACCACAUGCGGCGAGGCGUGUCGGGCGGCGAGCGCAAGCGUGUGUCUGUGGGACACGAGCUGCUCAUCAACCCCGCCAUCCUGCUGCUGGAUGAGCCCACGAGCGGCCUGGACAGCAGCGCAGCCCGCAAGAUGGUGGAGCUGCUUCGCAAGCUGGCCUCCAGCGGGCGCGCCGUCAUCACCACCAUCCACCAGCCCUCCUCCAACAUCUACCGCCAGCUGGACUCGGUGCUGCUGCUGAGCCAGGGGCACCCCAUCUUUUACGGCAAGGGCGCCGAGGCGGCUGCUUGGUUUGACCGGCUUGGCUUUGCCUGCCCCUACGGCGUCAACAUCGCUGACUGGAUACUGGACCUUGCCAGCGGGGAGGUCAGCGGCAAGCAGAACAGCGGCGGCGACGUGGAGGCGCCCUCGCUCGUAGAGGUGCGGCUGCGCCCCGCGGCCUCGGCCAGCGUGCAGCUGGCACGGGCCAACAGCAGCAAGGUGGCGGGCGUGGACCGCAGCGCGACGGGGCUGGCGGCGUCGGCGCCGGGCGCCAGCCGCUGGGGAGCCUCCUACUGGACACAGUUUACCACUCUGUUCAUCCGCGCGGUGCGCGUGCGGCGCUUUGAGACGCUGAGCCAGCAGGACCUGGCGCAGUUCCUCUGCGUGGCCGCCGUGUGCGGCAUGAUCUGGUGGCAGGUGGGGCACAGCGACACGGUGUACGGCGCGCAGAACACGACGGGGCUGCUGUUCUUCGAAGCGCUGUUCCUGGCCUUCCGCACAAUGUUCCAAGCGCUGUUCACCUGGCCAAACGAGCAGAAGAUGAUGCUGAAGGAGCGCGCGUCUGGCAUGUACCGCCUCUCCGCUUUCUACCUGGCCCGCUCCGCCUCAGACAUCCCCUCAGACCUCACCAUACCCUCCGUCUUCAUCGCCAUCAUCUCCACCACCGACAUCAACGGCCCUCCCUGGGAGGCGGCUGUGCUCAUGGGCUUCCUCAUCCUCUCCCGCCUCCUGGUCUACAUCGCGCUGCGCAUGAAGACAAAGGCGUGAGGUGCCGCAGCCGCCGCAGGCAGCAGCCCCGCGGCGCCGGCUGCAGGGGCUGGCGGCGCCGGCGUCGCGCCUGCGCCCCGCCUCCCUGCAGCCAGCCAGCCGCGGGCGCCCGCGACUCCCUCCCCGGCCACUCGCUCGCCAGCCUACCGGAAUUCUCACAUUGAGAGUGAUAGCCAGGCAGCGCUGCCCCGACGUGGCGGAUGCCACCACCGCCGCCCACGGGAGGGCCAGCCUCCAGCCCCGCCGCCAGCCCCCAAGGCUUGCGCCCCCCGCCUCUGGUCCACUGCAAGGCGCGCGCCACGCAGCAUUUGGUCCACUGCAAGGCGCGCGCCACGCAACAUGCAUGCCCCCAUUUCAUCAGUACCUGCUCCCCCUUGACAUACAAACCCUCCCAUACCCUCCUGCCUGUCGCUGCACAGGCAUGCACGCCUGCCCGCCCUCCCAUUUCAUUUCGAGUACUGCAGAUUCAAGGCAUAGAGUAUGGAAUCUCUAUUCACACUGUUGUCAACUAGGAAGAGGAAGAGAGGGCAUGCCCGUUGAAUUACACUGCAGUAGCUCUUGCCCGUAGCAACCCCGCCACACUGGGCUGCAGCAGCUGCCCAACUCACAUGUAACGACUGGUCCGAC